AUGAGCUCUUUACAACGCACCACUUCCUCUCUGGACUGUCCUAGAAGUCUUGAUUGCAGUGACUAUGAGUGCGAGCUGCGUCACUUGGACUUGAAGGAACAGACGAUACCGGUAGCUCAGAAAAAACACGUACAGAGAUGCAUCGUCACUGCCAGUCUUGACAUGGGCCGCACUGCCUCUACGUGGGUGUUCAAUGCAGUGCGUCUAUUAUUUCGUCAAGCAGAACAACCAUGCGAUUCCUAUUGGAUACGAGAGCUGGAUCCUACCAAGAUCCAAAAGCGGCUGCAACAUUCCAGAGCAGUCCUGAUCAAGACACACGAAUUCACCGACUACAUGUUUCCUGGAGAGUUUCAGAAAACCGUCAAACCCCUCUUGACGCAUGUAAUUGUGAGCGUUCGAAAAGGACCUCAAUUUCCACCCGAUCCUGCUUGGAUGGAAGUCGCCACUUUGGUGAUUGACUAUGAGAAUAUUGUGCUAGAAAACACCCAACAAAACCUGACGGUUGGGUCGCUCAAGGUCUUGAGUGACAUGGCCACUCAUGUGGGGUUAUCUUUAUCCAGCCAUCAGCUCAAGGAAGUAGACUAUCAACUCAUGACUCUGCCCAUUCCUGGUGAUCAAUCCACAAAGUUUUGGCCAUUUCAUUCCAGACGAGGUGGAAGAAUCUGCCCUCCUCCUUCUGUCAACAGCAUUUUUGUCACUCGCCAUGGAGCACGCGCAGACAAUGGACCUGACCGAGACCCUCAAUGGCUACAAAAAGCCGGGCAUGGUCGGCGAGUUGAUUCCCCAUUGUCUCCAUUGGGCCAUCAAGAAGCCAUGGAGUUGGCCACGGAACUACACAAACGAUGCUCUGACAUGAUGAUCAUUAUUAUUUCAUCACCGUAUAUUCGUUGUCUGGAGACUGCCGAGGCAGUAGCGCUCAAAUUCCAAACCACCAUCAAGGUCGAACCGGGCAUUUCAGAAGUUGGGUCCACAUCUUCCUCCAUGGGAUCUCAACAGGAGUUGGAAACAUCCAACUAUUCGUUUUCUUCCUUGAUUGAUCCUUCCUACGUUCCAGUCAUGACCCGAGACGCACUGCCAGCUCGGGAAUGGGGUGAUGAUGCAGCGGCACAGAGAUCCGAACGAGUUGCCAGUACGAUUGCUCAGGAUCGAUAUCCCAGUAAAAAUCUAUUGUUUAUUGGCCAUGGCGCAUCCUGUCUCGGUUUGGUCAGUGCCUUUGGCGCUCCUCAAGACUACAUUGGCUAUUGCAGCCUCACACAAUUUCGGCAGAAUGAAAAGGCAAACUGGAAACUUGUCGGGACCUUGGGCUGCGUAUCACAUUUGAGCAAUCCACACGUCUCCUUGGAUAGCGCCUGGUAG